GAAAGUUUACGCAACAGGCCCUGGGGCGACUUGUUCCCCUACAGAUGAAAGCGAACGACACGCAUUUAGUUUCGUUAGCCGACCGAUCGGUCAGAAUUGGGACUCGGGUUGACGACAGACUAUUUGUGAUAUGCAUGGGCAUGAUUUAAAACAAAAACAAAAAAAGGGCGAAACAUUUCGACAGUCUUUGUCUUAUCAGCGUAUACGGCCCACAUAAAAUUGAUCCAUUCGUUCCGGUGAUAAUAUCUCUUGGGCUGUUGUGUUUGAUAUAAACCCGGUUUAGAGCAGUUUCCCUUUAGUAUUUCAGACUAGGGUUUUGUGUUAGUAGGCCGGUGUUGGACGACGACGGUGGUCGCACAUUUUAAUUCGUUCCGUGCUUGCUGCCGAGAUUGGUGCACACGUUUUUUGUUACAGGUUGAAAACCGGAUCAUUCAUUUUCGUGUUGUGUGUAUACGCUUUCCGGCUCGAAUCGAAUUAGAACAUUCCAAGGCCUAGUAUCGGAUCAGAGCGACUCGUGUGUUUUCCGGCAGUAAAAAAGUCCAGCCCCAGCUCAGCAUGAAACUCAAAGAGGUUUAUGAUGCCAUAAACGAACACCCAGAAACUGAGAACUUGAGCCCUUUGCCCGACAACAUCUCUAAAACUAAAGCAAUCAUCGCAUUUCACGCCAUCGCCUGUGCAGUGCCUGAAAAUAUCGGAAAGUUCCCCGUUCGGAUUGUUCGCAGUGGGAUGGCUACUACCUGUAAUUGAUUGACGAAACACUUCUAUUACAGCCCUCGCCGCUGAUUAGCACUGCACAAGAAUCAUUCGAGAAAGAAAGGUUAUACCGUUGGCAGCACCGAAAGAUUGUCUAUUCAUUGAACGAACUGUUGAGAAUUGUUGUGACGUAGACUGACCUGUAGUGAAGAAUGAAAAAGGAUCUAGACGAACAGAAAUGGAUCUGAGAGAUUUCAUUCUUUUUGCGCGUGACUGCCAUUUGCGACUGUGUUAGGAUUCAUUAACCUCGUCAACCCCCUCCUUCAAUGUUUUUAGUUGGUACUACAUUUACAGCAGUUUCUCUUCUGACUUCACUCUUGGAGGAUUUUAAUUUUUUAAUUUGAUGGUUUUGAAAUUAUCGUGAAAGGCAACGCUCGUAAAAGAAGAAAAACUAAUUAAAAAAUAGGCACUCAACUUUCAAUUGAUGAUCUGCGUGAUUCUCUUUUUUUGUCGUUGAAUAAAUUAUACGACCCGUUUAUUUAGAUUUGCGAAGCGUGAGACACGGAAGAAUAAGAAAGAACAUACCGCCAGUACUUCCCGUAUAUUCGAAUUUUUUGUUGUUGUUGUUUCCCCAAACGCUAUGCAGUUCUUUGUGUGUGUGUGUGUGUUUGUGUGUGUGCAAAAGAAAGAAAAAUGUGCACGCUUUCACCGUGCGUGCCGUUAUUAGACGCUGAGGACUGCAGUCACGCAGAUUUCUUUUUUGAAUCGCUAAGACACGAUGAUGAGAUGAACUUGACAGAUAUCACAUGACCUAUACCAGUGGAUAUAAAAAAUAAUAAUUCUCUAUUUUAUGUUCUUCCAGACCAGAUUUUCAUGCUGGUAUAUGGAAUGUGAUGGGCAUUAACAAUUAUUAGGCUAACAAUGAAAAGAAAACAGUUAUCAGUUGCUCUCCGUUAGCAGCAAUUUAAUUAUCAUGUGUUGGCGAUUGAAUAGCGAUUGCAUCAACUUGUUUGAACUAAAACCAGUUGUGUUGCAGGAACUAAGGGCGAACGAACAGUGUCGGGAGGUUAUCUGUGCCAUCAAAUUCGCGUUCUGGAGUUAUUCGAACUGGAAGUUAAUUACAAAAUCUAGUAAAGAUGUAAAUUUAUAAACAGGAAGAAAAUGUGUUUACCAUGUUCCCAAGCUGUUGCGUCUUCAUUUGAAAGUAGAAGGAUCGCUACGCCAUCUAUAAUCACAUUGUAUUACUAUGAUAGAGCAGCAGGCAUUUGAAUCAAAUCAAAUAUGACGUACAGGGAAAUUUCCUAUAGAUUUUUUAAACUUUGGAACUCACUUAGAGAUAGUCACGCUAUCUAUCUCUGCGUGAUUAUUUAUUAGGAAACGAACAUUUUCCCUCUCAUUUAUCUAACAGCCAUUGUUUAGCUAUGAACAAAAAGACUGCAACUAAGAACUAACCAUAACUAGGCUGAAGCUUAAAAGUGCAACAAGUAGUUACAGCCUACACCCGUUCAUGUUUUGACAUCCCAGUGUCUUUCAAUUUGUUUGUCAUCAAAAUUCAAACUCCGUUAAGGAAGGUACAGGUACAGUUCUCUUUGUCAAUCACUACAACGUACUAGCUGUGGAUCAGCUUAAACGAGGGAUAAUUUUCUCGUCAUUUAAAAAGACAACAUCGUCUUCUAAGGAGUUAUCAUCAAGAUACCAAAAAUAUCUUGUACCCUUUUGCAGUUGAAAAAGGAUUUCCCUGUGCAUCAUUUUGGUCAGCAAAACGAUUUGAUGUUUUGUUAAAUGGCAUCGAACAACGAGCAGGACGGUAGUCCAAGCAUUGUCGAGGAUGACGACAUCUCCCAGUUCAAGCCACAGGAUGCAACUCACGGUUUGAAAUUUGAAUCGAAAUUGUUGACGUUGUUUUGCGUCCGAGCACUUGGGGCUGGCUACAUAUUUAAAUUAAGCAGAGAAAGAAAAGACCUGGGUGGUAAAUUUGACGAUGUGAUUUUUCAGUAUCAAGUGCUAGAUAAUACAUCUGAAGGUAAACAUUGGCGCUAUCGCUACUUGCAAGCCAAACACAAGCAGAAGGAAUCGGACAAGAUUAAUGCGACUCACCUCCUCGAUGAUAAUGACAAGGACAAGGGCAAGGGUGACCUCGAUGAUAAUGACAAGGACAAGGGCAAGGGAGGCAAGGGCAAGGGCAAGGGCAAGGGCAAGGGCAAGGGCAAGGGUGAUUUCAGUUUACCAAAAUAUUUUCGUUCCUUCUGCAUGAUAAGAAGAAGAGGCGAAGACAUUCACGACUGCAUCCUAUGCACAAACAUCGGUUUCGUUAAACCAUCAUUGGAUCCGAAUUCGUUGAACAAUUUCCAGGAAAAAGGCAUCGAGUUGGUGCCGAUCGACGACGAGCCUGAAAACAUUCUAAAAUUUGGUCCGCAGACACUUCGUUAUAAAUUGGAAUUCACCAAAGAGUUAAAAAGAAAAGCGUUAAACGAGUGGUCAGACAUAAAACAUCUUGCCGAGAAAUUGCAAACCUAUGCACAAGAAAGAACAAAAAUUGAUUUAAGGCAAGAAGUCUUUCAAUGCUACCACGUUGCCUUAAUCGAGGAAAAAGUCAUCGAUUCUGCCACCAAAAAGUUCCAUGAAGAUUUCGUAAAAGGAGAAAAGAGUCUGUCCAAAGGCGCACAAGAACUUCGACAAAUCCUCAGCGAUUCACCAAAGAACGACUGGAUAAACUGGGAAUUCAAAUUUGAUGACAGAUUCGGAAAAAAGCAACGGAAAUAUGAAAUAAAAAAUCCGUUGCCGUUAAAAGUCUCAAAGGCAGACAUUGACGCGUUCCUUGACAAAUUCGUGUUCGUGGUGAACAUGCCAAACGAAGAGCAAUUUGAAGCCAUUUUACAAACUCAUGAUGUGAGCCAGUACUACCCUAAGGACAAAUGCGAACAGCUAACGAUCCGUUUGCUACACAAAGUAUCUGCAAAGUUCUCCAAGAACUUCACGCUAACUUCAGAAGAAGCCAAGAAGAUCUUGUUAGAUGGCGUUACAAAGAUUUCAAGCCAGCACCAGGCAAAAUUAGAAAACGAGGUGGGCUUCAACGACGACGCCAAGAAUGACAUGGCCGUUAAACUAAAGCCUUUCCUGGACAGUAGCGAAAUGUUUAAGCGCAUUACCACAUCAUCACCGAGAUAUACGACCGUCAAAGUCUUUUCGGCCAUUCCAAUACUGAAACAGGAAUAUAAAGCACCAAUUAGCCACCUGGUGACGUCAUCUAGUCAAUUGCAAGCCAAGGAAGAUACGGAGAGAUGGAAAAAUAUAUUGAAACUACCGGUCGAUUCUGGUCAUUUUCUCCUAGUCGUUUGCGAUGAUGGCGAGAAGCCGUUACAAGACGAACAGUAUGCUAAGCUAUUUCUGGGUGAAGAAGGAAAGACAAAAAGAUACAAGGUGAUUGUCAUCAGUCGCAAGAAAGCUGAAAUCACUGAUCAUGUCAGCGAUGAAAUCAACUACGCGCAGCUGGAUGAAUCCUUCAAGCAAAAGAUCCUGUCGAAAGUAGUUUCAUUCCAAACGCAAAAUGAAUCUGUUGAACGUCUAAUUGGAACCAAACCGGAAGAGGUGUUCGAUUCCUUAGAAGAAAUGCUGGAUCCUGAAGGAGGGCGAAUCAGCAUUCCAUCGUUCGAUACCUCCCGUUUCGAGAAAUCCCUUUACAUCAAGAGACGAGUGAAAUUUGCAUUUGACGAAAACUUUUACGCUGAAUUAGCGAAUCGUUUGAAUUGCACCGUGGAAAAGGUCAGGGGGGAAUGCAAAAUCAGUACCCAAGGCCAAAUCGAAUGGUUGGUCGAUGACGAACGCCGUAAAAAGAUAUGGGAAAACAUCACAAAAAUGAACUACCAAACAUCCAGCAACAUUGAAGAAGACGGCCAUUUAAUUAACGUUGACGAGGAGCGGAAAGAACAGCCGGUCGUCAUCAUAUGCGGCGUGGCUGGAACAGGCAAAUCGACCCUGCUCUCCCACUACUACAGUGAAAUCAAGAAGAUGAAGUCCGACUGUUGGGUUAUCAGACUGAACUUGGUCCAACAUUGUGAUGCCAUAAUGAAACUCGAUAGAAGAAGGCCCGACUUAACCAAAUUUCUCAUUCAUCAUCUGCAUGUCAUCGACGGUCAAAGCCCGUUUUCUCGCUCGUUGCUGAAACGCCGGUUCGAGACGGGCGAUCGGAUCGUUUUCAUGUUUGAUGGAUUCGAUGAAAUUAGUGACGAAUGCCAAGAAAUUGCGAUUCAGCUAAUGAAGGUCAUUCAAAAGAAGAAGGGCGUUCAACUUUACGUCACUACCCGCACCCAUACGGCCCACCAUCUGCAAUACGAAUUAUGUCAGUUGGCUUAUUAUUUGGAAAACUUUAACGAAAAUGACCAGAUUUGUUUCCUGGCCAGUUAUUGGACGAAAGAAUCGCAACUGCCAAAAGAUGGAGCCAUCAUGGACUUCGCCAAAGCGCUAGUGGAUCGUGUGUCGGAGACUCUGAAAGACGAAGAAAGAGCUUUCAUCGGAAUCCCUUUGCAAUGCAGAAUUCUCGCCGAGUGCUACCAUCAAAAUGUUGGCGACAUUGUGCGAAGCAACGCUUUAAAUGACGCAACACUCCAAUCUAGCGAAUCGGUAUCCCAAAAACUGUUGGCUUUACUUGACAAUCAGAAAUUCGAUUUAAUUAGUCUGUACAGCCAAUUGAUGGACACCAAACGCAAAGUCUUUCGAGAAGAAAAAACCAACACUCCCAUCUGCAAUCAGAUAGUGGCUGACGCCAUUGAGUUUUGGAUUAAGAAAAUCGAGUCUCGGUUAACGAAAUUGGCAGUGGAAACCAUCAUCACCGAACCAAAUGUCCUGGAAAUGUUUUGGCCACGAAAAUCUUCGUACAAGUCCACCGAAGAUCUUGACCGAGAAGAAAAAAUUCUGGCUGAAAAUAGUCUGAAAUUUGGCUUAACUUUUUCUAGUGCAGAUGGAAUGCGACCCGAGUUCUUGCACCGGACGUUUGCCGAGUAUUUAGUCGCGAAACAUCUUUACGAAGGAUUUCAUCUCGACGACAAACGUCACAACAAACUGCUGGAAAAUGAAUCCAUUCGAAAAUUGAUCCUGAACAAAAUCUUGGCUUCAAAGCAAUACGACGGAGUUCAAGUGUUUUUCGAUUGCAUGGUGAAACAUGUGGUCGAUGAGGAUGAAGAGUGGCGUAAUCAAAUCGUUCGUCGACAAUUACCGCAUCGACUCAAGAAAUUGACUGAAAAUCUGUUUACUCAGUUUCUGUGUAGUUUUCCACCGGGUUGGUCAUUCGGCCAAAUUCGGCCUACAUUCGUACCUUACGUUACGAGCGCCCUCAAUUUUUCACUUUCGAAUGGGAAAGGCAACAUAUUCCUGUUGUUGUGCGACUGUCUUGAUGUCACGUUCGAAAGAGAGCAAAUCCGCUGGGCGAUGUUUACCUCUUUCAUACCGUCAUUCCCUCCCACUUCAAUUUGUUUCAUUUCGCCCACCUGUUUUAAAGAAAAUAAGCUCUUUAAACGAUUCAUCAAUUAUUUUGACAUCGAUCCAGCCAGUCCCUCUACGUACAGUGUUAUAAGCGAACUUAUAGAAACCAUGUUCCCUUAUUAUUCUCCUGAAAUGGGAAGGUCUUUCUGGUACCGAGACGAGCACCAGCAAACGAUGAGCGACUUGCUUCAGUUUUUGGAAAACCAGCACGUGGCUUUCAACGAAUAUUUUGGACCCAACCGAGAACUCAGGACAAAACCAAUUUUGGAACUUUUGAUGGGCAGUGACAACUAUCGUAGUCACCUGAAAACAUUUCUAAAGCUUUUGUCCAAAUCGAUAGCUUAUUCGGACGACAUCAAGUUUGCCAAACUGCUAAUGGAAGUUUUCUGUUCUAAAGAACAUCUGAUGCCUGGCCAGAUUGCCAAAACACUGGCUGUCUUACACGGACUAGGGCGGUCUACUCUUCUCGUUCAACUGUACGGCGGAGUUUUAGCUGUAAAGCCGGAAGCAUUUCAGACUCUUUAUCAGCCGCGUCAGCUAGAAAAAGAAGACGCGAUCACGACUGACAUAGACAAGUUCUUGGAAAGGGAUUCUUAUGGGAUGACUCGUCUUCAUCGAGCAGCGUUCUACGGAGACGUCGAAAUACUCGACCAAAUGUUAGCAAGAUUUGGCCAGCUGGAACUCGACGAUGAAGCUAAACAAGCAGUACGCCAGGUGGUGCUUGAGGGUUACACUCCCUUUUACUUUGCCGCUGUUAAAAGUCACGAAAAAGUCUGUUCCAACUUGUUGGUCUUUGUGAAAGACGACGCACUGACGGACGAGUCAACUCUGUUCAAUGGAUAUAUUCACCGAUCUCUUGAUCACGCCAUGGAAUCGGAAAAUGUGGAAAUGUUUCAACUGAUAUUGAAGGUCGUCAAGAAAGAAUUAGGACAUGAAUAUCUAAUUAACCUGUUAAUAGCAACCGAUCCACCCACAUCUAAAAUUGAAUCGAGCUUAUUUUUCCGUAGCUGCAGGUCGGAAAAGGUAUUCAACGCAAUGGCGAAGAUUAUCGUCGAUCGAGAUGGCACCGUCGACUACAAAUGUCUGAUUGACCUGAUUUUCAACGGAAAAGAAUUAGCGAGAAACGCGUUGCGAUGCGUGGAUGCCGAACAUCUGCAGGGAUUGUUAUCAGUAGAAGGCGCUGAUACUUUCAAGAAGCGUGUGUUCGAUGCAUCAUUUUCUACAUCCGGCGGUUUCCACCAGUUGUCAAAGAUAUUAAAGAAUUUUAACCAAACACAACUAUUGGAUUUCGUAAAAAUGAUUACACUUAAAGGUGAUACAAAUAUAAGAAAAAGUAGGUUUACGGUCUCUACGGCUAAUCUCAGUGUUGCAACGAAUCGUAAAACAGUCAUCGAACGCUAUUCUGACACCGACGACGAUUUAGUUUUCACGCAAAACGAUGACGGAUCCAUCACCGUUCACUUCAAAAGAGUUGUUCCGGGGAACAGCUUUUGGGGAACUUUCCUACGAUCGACAAUCACCUCUUUAGCUGAUACUUCUAUAACUCGAGAAGACGUUGAUUGCAUUCUCGAGUGUUUGACUUGCGUAUCGGAUAAACUCGGAGGUGAUUACGCUCAAGAACUGUUGCUCCACCAAGACAAUCGGGGCUACGUCGUCAUUCAUCUAUCACAAGAAACCGUCAAACUCAUGUUGAAACGUUUACCAGAGAACAGCCAAGAGGAAGUGAAACAAAAGUGGAAGGAAAAUGUUCCGCCCAUGACGAAGGAUUCGUUCUUUUCGUUCAAUUCUAUGAAAAAGUUGGACAGUUUAAAAAUGGCAAAGUAUUACAGCGAUGUCUUACACUUUUACUUGGAUUAUGGCAGCGAGGUGCAACUCAGUGAAUGCGUCGAUGUUCUUACAUCCAUUCGUUUGAUUGACGGACAACAGCGCAGUGUAUGGAGUUACAUUUUUGAACAUUGUGAGGUAACGACGACGAACGAAUUAUUGAAAUCUGUGUUGGAAACUUUCGGUGGGGAGGCCGUGAAAAAGUUGCUGCUUCACGAAAUGGAUCAAUUUCCUCUCAUACUGAAAGCUCCGUCCUGGGGAGAGGACAUUGAUGGGCAGCUGGAAACGUUGCCACAAGAAAUACAAAAUGAUAUUCAACAAGUUGUUGAACGAAAAGCUGCCCAGCUCAUUGAUGAAGUGUUUCUACAUCACAAAACUUAUUUCGAAGGACCGAGAGAACGAUAUUACAAAGGAUUAAACAUUUUGGUAUUUGUGCUCAAAUACAGCGAUGCUCAACAACUCGAGCAAUUCGUAGAAAAAAUCACGACGUUGCAGGUUUCCGUGCAUACCGAGAAGACGCUCAGCAUAUGGGCUGAGAUUUUAUUCCGCCCGCGUGACGGAAAAACGACGAACAACGUUGCGACCAUGAACAUGUUUUUGAAAUGCGUUUCGCAGAGACUGGGCACAAAUGCCGUCAAAGAAUUAGUGCUCCACAAAAUCGAUGACAAGCCCGUCAUAUAUUUUCCUGCGGUAAGAGGAGAGGAGAGGAUGGUGGAGGCAAUGCUCGCCCAUUUGGAUGCUAAAAAUCGCAAAAAGAUUCAACGUCAAGUCAACGAGUUUUUAGACAAAACUUUCGAGGUCCCCUCUGAUGGCGCUGUUACUACUGCCGUGAAGAAUCGUUUAGGCAUUUCGAAAUUGCUGCGGAGAGAGUUACUCUCAUCGAGGUUGCACUGGAGACGACGCCGCUUCAUUGGUGAAUUCAAGGGCUGGGUACCAGAUCGGAGAUGCUCUUGGUGGGGUUUUCUUCCGGAGAAUUAGAGAAAACGGCCGUUCAACGAGAAAAUUCCUUGAACGAGUCCACGGUGCUGCGCCUGAGGAGUGCCCAUAAAUGGACAC